AUGCAUGUGGUGAAGCCCGCAAGGCGCCUGUCGCACGACGGGCGCCCAAGCGGAUGGGGUAAUACGUCGGACAUCGAGGAUGUGCCAGCUGACCUGCGGGUGGUGUCGCUCCUGCCGUCAGCCACCGAGAUAAUAGGCGCGCUCGGAAUUCGGGAACGAUUGGUCGGAUGCACGCACGAGUGCGAUGCGUGCCCGGAUGAGUCGGGGAUGCAGGCGGCGCUGGCCGCUGGAGUCAGGAGGGUGACGUCCAGCGCGAUAGACCCUCACAUCACGACGCAGAGAGACAUCGACGCUGCGGGGGACCCACCACCGCUUUACAGCGUACACAACGAGCUCGUCGCCGAGCUGAAACCCACCGUGAUCCUCACCCAGUCUCUGUGCAAGGUGUGCGCGGUGAGCGAGGACGACCUCAAGGGAGCCGCCGCGUCGUGCGGUCUCCACAGCGACGCUCCGUCAACGCUCACCGAGGUUGGCGCCAGCAUCGAAAACAUAGCGGCGGCGUGCGGGGUUCCACAGAGGGGCAAGCGCGCGCGAGAGAGGUUCGAGGCGCAGCUGGCGGAGGUGGCAGGAGCCGUAGCCGGAGCAAGAUCCAGUGGAAAGUGCGGUGUUAGGCCUUCCGUGCUGCUGCUGGAGUGGCUGGACCCCGUAUUCGACGGGGGGCACUGGGUGCCCGGUAUGAUGCGGGUCGCUGGGUGCGAGCCGAGCCUCAAUUCCAAGGAGGGAUCCAGGAGCAGCAGGAGAGAGUGGGGCGAUGUGACGGCCGUGGACCCAGAUGUGGUGCUCGUGGCGUGCUGCGGAUUUGAUCUGCGGCGCAACGCGGCGGAUGCGGCAGCCGCUCUGGCGGUGAAUAACGGUGACAACGCCUUUGCCAGACUUCGAGCCGUGAGGAUGGGGAGGUGUUUUGUGUUGGACGGCAAUAAGUAUUUUGCGAGGCCAGCUCCCGCGUUAGCAGUCGGGGCUGCUUUGGUCGCGAGGUGCGCGCAC